AGGGGAUACAAUAGUGUCAAAUCAAGCUACAGUUUGCCAGGGGUUUAUUCUAGAGAGAGAGAGAGUAUGAGGAUGAAGUUAUGAAGUGGGUGUUUUCUCAAUUUUUGUUUUGUGUCAUUAGAAUCGAGCGCUGGUUUGUAUUCUUUCACUUCCUUCUUUUACCUCUGUAUGUUGCUUGCUUGCUUGCUUUUUUUGGACUUGGCAUUUCAAGUAGUGCUUUUUUGGUUGUCCCUUCUUCGUUGUUGAAUAGUGUAGUACGACUCGAAAGGCUUAGACAUCUACCUCAAUGUCCAAAGACCACAUACUUUUUCUUCCUCAUCUUAUUUCUUCUACCUUUUUUUGUUUACUUUUAUCUCACUUGUAAUCAUUUUUUUUGUGUUAAUAGGGUUGUCAAGGAAUUUCUUAUUUCAUUUUUAUUCAUCCAUCUAUCGAUCUAUUUAAUCUCUUUGUGCAGAUUGUGUGUUCAUAGUUUACAUUUGCUUGGAACAUUCUAAUAUUGAUUUGCUCUUCAUCUAUUUCGCCGCAGCAUCAUGGGUUUUGCUCGGUUCUUGUCUCGGUCGAACAUAGGUAUCCGUAAAGAACUAGUUGAUGAGAUAGCGAGCGCUGUUGUGGUUGAGUGGAGAACAGCGACGAAAGAUCUCUUUCUUGAGAUCCUCGGGAGGGC